GUAUAUAAGGAUGUGACAACAACGCAGAAUUAAAUUUGUCACGAAAGUUUUAACAAAUCCAAGUUAAUAAUCCCGGACAUCGAAAUGAAUACUUCAAUUAUUAAAUUGAUAAUAAUGCUGGUAACAUUCUCCAGCAUUUCAUUUGUUGAUUCUCACUCGAUUAAUGAACGUUCGGCGUCAGCUGAAGGCGUCAUAAUUGGACCAGAUACUCCAGUUUACUAUGUAGAAUGUCCGCUUAAUGAUUGUUUAGUACUUAAUAGAAGUGUAAAUAAAUUUGCGGCAUCCGAUUCUUACAACUUCUAUCGUGAUCCAUAUUACGUAUUAGACGGCACAUUUUUUCUGAAAAUAUUAGUAAUCCUUGAUUGGGAUAGUAGAAUCGCAAGCGGAGUACAAGCUAUACUUAAUGAUUUAGUAGACAAAUGGAAUAAAGCAGAUAAAUAUUUUGAACAACUUGGUAAUCCCAAAAUAAAAUUGGCUAUUGCUGGAGUCGUCAUACCGACGAAACCAGGUAUAUGGAGAACAACGGACCCAAAAGAAAGUAGUUCUUACCUCAAUAAUGUGUAUCCUUCCGCUUCUGUUCUAAGUAAUACGACGAAGUGGCUCAUUGAUAAUUUUGAUCACUUUGGACGUCUUAACUUCGAUCUUUUUAUGUUCAUAAAGCACCGCAGUGAGCAUGUGAAUUUCCGCGAGGCGGCUUUUGAUUGUGUUACUAAAUAUGGUUGCCAUUAUCGUCCAGUAGGAGCAAUCGUGCAUAAAGAUUAUUAUGUUAACCGAUAUGUUCACAGUAUCGCUGGACAGCUCGGAAUUCGGGUAGAUGAUGUUAUCGGAUGUGAAAACGAUGAUUAUAUAAUGAGCAUGAGCAAGUAUAUUAAAAACCCAACUUGGUCCGAAUGUUCUAAACGAGAAUUUGAAUCAUUAAUUGGUAACAGCAAGUACAGUUGUUUACAUCAAAUACCUUACGGUCAGUGAGGAGACAACUUUACAAUCUUUCGUAAAAACUUUUAAAUAAAGUUUUAUACUUUAAGCAAAAGUGUAUAAAUGUUAAUGAAUAACAUUUCCAAAUAAAUAGUAAAAAUAAA